UAAGACACCUUGUCUCUGUGAUGGUCUGGUAGUGCUUGUGGGUAAUACUGAGACCUCGUCUGUUCAGUUAGUGCCUGUAGAAGACCUUGUGUGAGCUUUACCACCGAGUGAGUUAUCGUUGUUCCUCUGGCAGUGAGGUGGAAGGGGGUAUAGGUUGAGUGCCAGUGCCAGGCCGUCACCCUACCCCGCCUCAGGAUCGUGCCCGAGCCAACACCCGCCGCCUCCACCAUCCCCGGGGGGGAACCGAGUACCCGUCAUGAGCCCUGUGACACCGGCCGGGGGGACGAGUGCCACCGCCGCCCUUCACACUCCAUCAUAACGUCCUCACACACCGACCCUCACACUCACAAAACUCUGAGUUAGUUGAGCCGCCAGUCAAUAAGUGUCUCUCCAGUGAGGUCGGGCAGCGGAGGGCAGGAGUGACACCCCCGGAGGCCUGUCAAGUACCUCCCACCGAUCCCUCAUGCUCGUGGCAUUCAGGACGUCCCGCACAGCCCCCCGCAGCCACCCCGGAGUGCCAAGCGGUGCCUCCCGCCUCCUACAAGAUUUAUUGCUCAACUGGGCCUGAGGGGGGAACCCAGUAAGAUUUAUGUUUGCACGCCGGCACUGGUUGAAAGGGUUUGAAGUUGACCUGGGCGGAGGCGUGUGAUUGGCCAGGGCGUGAGCACGUGACCUGCGGUGGUGGUGGAGAUGGGCGAGCCAGGUCAGGGGUCAGCAGUACACCUGGUGGCUUGUGAGGCUCAGGACGUUCACACCAGUGCGCCCCCGCACCACACCCCUACCAUGCAGAAGACCCUCUACGAGACCUACCCGGCCCAGCCUCCCUCCUACACCUCCUACUACGAGAACCACUGCAACAACGGCUAUGGCUACGAGGCUGGGUCCUGUGGCCAGUACUACGACGAGUAUGUGGAUUACCGAGCAGCAUGUGGCCUCAGUUCCAACAUGAUGCCUCAACAUAUGAUGAUGACGCAGGGAACACAGCCGGACUAUGGUUCCUAUAUGACUGCGCCUCAGAUGGGGUAUUGUGACCCAGGGUUAAGUAAAGACUACAUGGCCUGGGCCAGGGAGCAGCCCCGUGGCCAUGGUAAGAAGAGCCCCACUGUGCCCCUUAACCAGCCCCCUCCUUCCGGCCAGGGCCAGGUGCCACCGAUGCCACAGCCCCAACAACAACAACAGCAGCCUCCGCAACAGCACGGACAGCCGACCAGCCUACAGCAGCCCACGCCCGCUCAGGGGCAGCCGCCACCUGUUGUCACUCCCCCGAACCAACUCACGCCGAUCUCUCUACCGUCAGGCACGGAAUACGAGGUGGGAAGUGAUGGUGGCGCGGGGGGACAAGGUGGAGGACCCACCAAGCGGGCCCGGACUGCUUACACCUCCGCCCAGCUGGUGGAGCUAGAGGAGUUUCACUUCAACCGUUACCUGUGUCGCCCAAGGAGGAUUGAAAUGGCCGCUUUGCUCAGCCUCUCUGAGCGACAGAUCAAAAUAUGGUUUCAGAACCGUCGGAUGAAGUACAAGAAGGAGCAGAAGGCGAAGGGGGGGCGUGACAAGAGCCCGAGUCCACCGUGCUCCUCGCCCGCUACCUCCAUGCCGCCUAUGUCGCCUUCAGGAGAGAUGAACACCCUCUCACCGGCCACCCAGUGCCACGCUAAUGCCUGCCACGGCACAGGGCUCCCGCCGACAUCACACGGGCAGCCUGUGUCACGCCCACAACAUCAUCAGGACGCCCAUCACUACCUACCGGCCAGCAGCUGUGGCGGGCCCACCCAGCACCAUGGGUCCGGGAUGGUUACGUCCAUGACGGGUCCUCAUGGACCCAUGCCGCACUACAUGGGGCUCUGACCUUCUCCCCUUC